CCACUCCCCAUGCUUUAUGGUUUUGUUGCUUCCUGCUUUCGGUACAAUGUUUUGUAACUAAGCAAAAUGACAUCAUUCGCAACAAAUUUGUCAAGUCACACUAGGAUAUAAAGAGUUCGCUCUAUGAUCGUCUAACAACGAAGGAGCAACAGAGUUUGGAGUCCGAGCAACCGCCGUGAAAGAGGCGUGAUCUGCACCGCCGUGAUGGAUGAUAGUGGCAAAGAAGACGACUCCAUUGUAGAGCACUGCAAAUCCACGCCGGAAAACCCAGCCACAGAAAAAGAAGUUGAUGGAGCAGCAGAAUCCGAGAAGCUCCCAGAGAGCGCUCCAUGCCCAUUCUUUCUCUUGGGACGCUGUAGAUUUGGAGAAAGGUGUAGAAACCCACACGUCGGACAACCCGAAGCCUCAUGUACUUUAAGUACAAAAACAGCUGAGAAAGGGGAGAGCGCAUCCGCGCCGAAGGGAAAGAAACCACCUAUGAAAACAGCCACAGACGUUAUAUCCCGGAUUCAGUGGGAUGCUAUGCUGCCCAAGGAACACUUUUCAAUUGGUUAUCUCGAUAGGUUCACAGGUAUCGUUGAAAAGCCAUUCUCAGAAUUUAGUUGGGAAGACUUGGCAUCGGUAAGCCACGACGUGCUCGCCAUUCCCAAACACCGCAUUCAGUACUUCAAAUAUAAACGUCUGGUGGUAUGGGACAAGACCACUCGGGUAGAUAACGUGUUCGGCUCGACGGGAAGCGGUAUGACAAUUCUCGAUGUCAUCGACCACUACGAAGAUUUGAUGCAAAUGGAAGAGGAUCUUACGUCAGAAGAAGAGUCUGAUGGUUUGGUUAGAGAGGUGGAGAACGUCAAUGACGACCACCUCGGAGGUAACCACAACUUUAGAAAACUGAGGCCAACUCACUUCAUUGCUGUUCGUGUUGGCAGUGAAGAUGUGAGAUGCUCUGCAAACAAGGUGCAAGAAGAACUGCUGAAAUGGAAUCCAGACAUUGCCGAAUUCUGUAUCCCUUUAGCAGCUCUGCACUUGACGCUUGGUCUCUUGCAUCUGGACAGUCCUGAGGACAUUCAGAGAGCCCUCUCGGUGGUCGAAGACCUGAGAAGUGACAUUCGGCAACUCCUUCCUCCGAACUUAAUUCUUCAAUUUGAAGGACUAAAGGAUUUCCAUUCUCGUAUUCUCUACAUGGCGCCGACCUCUAUACCAGAGCUGACCAACUUUGUACAAGUCCUAAACGGGAGGUUUAGCAGCAAAGGUUUAACGGUGAUCGAACCUCCUGGCAACAAUUUGCACGUCACUAUAGCCAAGGUUCCACGCAACAUUUUAAAGAAAAAACCCAGCCUUUCCUUAUCUUACGAUGCUUACGGACACACCAACGUUACCAGCUUCGGAGCGCAACCUGUCGAUGCCAUUAGCUUUUGUUUAAACAACAGUUCACGCCGUUCCGACGGCUUUUAUACCACGCCGUUGGAAAUCUCUUUAUGCGGAGAUUCUGAACAGUAAAACCAAGUGCCCUGUUUGUUAUUGCUUUUAACAUUCACUGGUUUAAAUAAAACAGAAGCCAAAUCACUGAAUCAUGAGUUUAUUAAUGAGGGGGGGAGAAACUUAAAACAUCUGCAAAGAAAGAGCAAUUGACCAUCAGCUGCUCGGUAUUGCGCAAUAUUAAAGCAGUACAUCUUCAAAAAAAAAACAAA